AUGUCCGGUAGUACACAAAUGAUUGUUAAUGGUGGCUUUGAAGGUUCAACGAGUGGAAGUGUUCCGUUCGGAUGGACCUAUACAAAUCCUGGUUGUACGAACUCGGGUGUGGGCAAAGUAAAAAAUGAUAAUUCUAAAUCACAUUCAGGAUGUUGUUGUUGGCAAGAUGAUUGUCAAAGUGUCCGAGAUUUUCUUCGACAAACAAUUGUGACAGUACCAGGACAAGUUUAUAUAAUUAGUUAUUACAUAUAUAAUGAUGACAACAGUGUACCGAAUAGCGCAACAAUUACAAUUACUUGA